CACCACCCGCACGGAUCACAGUAAGGCAACAGCUACUCUGUUCCCCGGCGGAGAGAAAGGCAGGGAGAGUGCGACGACGCCCAUUUCGUUACCGCGAAGGCAACUGGGAGCCCGUUUCCAGGAAGUGACGGAGGACUGGAGCGGUGGCGCCUGUGGCGGCGUGAACGAGAUGGCACAUAGGCUUUUGCUGAGAAGGCUCACAUCAGUGACCCUUCGGGAGGCCCCUCGGUCACUGCAGUCUCAAUCCUCAGCACACCUCUCACCCUUGAGCUCCUUUUGCUGGCAUGGCACCAAGCCUCCCUUACAUCACCCAGCCAGUCUGAGGAUCGCCAGAAGAUUUUGUGCAUCUCCUGCCAGUGAUGUUUCCUUCAACAUACAGAACCAGGCAGAUUUCACUGAUCGAGUCAUCAACAGUACGAAACCAGUCUUGGUGGAUUUCCAUGCAAGUUGGUGCGGCCCUUGUCGUAUGCUCGGUCCGAGGCUUGAGAAAAUGGUGGCAAAACAGGAAGGGAAAGUGAUAAUGGCCAAAGUAGACAUAGAUGAUCACACAGACCUUGCCAUCGAGUAUAAGGUGUCUGUGGUCCCAACUGUGAUCGCUAUUAAGGAUGGGGACGUCGUGGACCAAUUCACAGGCGUUAAAAGCGAAGAUGACCUGGAAGUGUUUAUCAAAAAGCUGAUGUGACUGAGCUGUAAAGGUUUGAGAUGGCUGUAUGAUCAACUAAGUGUUUAUUUUUAGUGAAGUCCUAAAUGCUGCUGAUGGCUGGGAGAGAUUCCUGCUGCUGCCUGUAAUCAACUAGUAAAACUUGCCAUAAGAGGCUGCUGUCUACUGUCUUAUUCUGAAACAUUUAGUCAUUGACACACACGAUACACAAACUGACUCCAGCUACCGGUUGCAGCCUCAAGCCUGUAGAGCCUUAGUUUAGCAGCAUCAUUGUUUCCUCCCCUUGCUCCAACCAUCAUGCUGGAUCACGUGAGUGAUCCUUAUUUCCACUCCAUUGUCCCAUUGAUUUAAUCUUCCUUUUUCCACACACUUCUGUCCAUUAGGGCAUGGUUCUCCAGCCGCUGCUGGGGUACACUUCACAUGCUGUGCCACAGUCAGGUAAUCUUGCACCAGUUUAAGAAAUUAACCAUGAAUCCAAGUUGAUGAUCUGAAUUGCAGUGAGUAUAGGUUGUGAGCACAUGGAGGAAACCUUUGCAGGUACAGAAUUGACCUGUUGCAGUCUAGGGGAAGUAGGAUCACUGGCAGCAACUGAAAUCAGACCAUGUAUGAAAAACAUCAGGUCAGCAACACAAAACUGUUAGAAAAGUUGGAAUCAUACUACUUAAAAACAAAAAUUAAAAAUCAUGAAAUAGACUCAGGCUUUCUACCUUAAGGAAGGGUUUGUAUCACAAGAAUCAGUGAUCGGGACACUUCAGAAACUGUGCUGUUAGCUUUAUCUCUUAUGGUUUUGAAAUGGGUCCUGCCACAACAGUUUCUUUGGUUAAUUAUCUAUUUUAAUGCAAACACUAUUUUGCGCACUCUGGGAGUAGUGAGCAGUCGCUAUGUACUGCUGGAAAUGAAGACCUUCCCUGGUAUUGAACACAUGAGAUCCAGUCGAAUUAACAGGAACAAAUGAACCAUGACAAAUAUACUAAUGAAGGCAGUAGAUCAUAAAUUUGACAGCCCAGAAAAGUUGCUCAGCUAGAGACUUGCUGUAAUAUAUUUAUCAUUAACUCUCUUCCGCUUUAUCUCAAACCACCAAAAGGAAUAUGUCCUUUCACAAAUGCAAUACUGUUGUCUGAAGAGGGGAAGUGAAACCUGGCAGGGGGAGGAGGAGGUUUGCUACACCCUUUGAAGUUCUGACAUUCUGCAGAAUUCAUGGUUGAGAGAACUGCAUGGCAGCAGCUGUGUUCUGUCCCACUCAGUGUGUCAGUGUAGAGAGCCACCUGGCUGCAGUUUGUAUGGUAAAUCCUUGAACCCAUAAACAUGAAGCACAGUGCUGGCCACCAGAAACAAAUUGUCUUGAUUUCAGUUGCUGCUACAAAUGCAUAGAGCCAAUUGAUCUCAGCUUGGGCAGCAUCCCCAGUUGCCUCCAGCAUCCAGGGCUAGGGAGAGGAUGCAAGAGAUAUUCUUAGUGCACAGUUAAAUAGUGUCAAAGCCCAGAAUCUGGCCUUGUCUGUAAAGAAUGGCUAUUUGAUGUACUGAAGUCACCUUUUGUUAGCAAGAGGUGGGAAAGGAAGAAAGAGAAUUGAUAGAGAGAGGGAAGAGAGGUGCAGCUUGGCAAGGCUGAAUAAAGCUCUUUUCUGUUGCUGUGUCCUCGGUGUACUUGACCUCCCAGUGGUGUCCCCCUUUAUCUGCCUGUUCAGCAGGCACCAGUAUAAUGGGGGGGGGGGGGGGGAAGGGAUUUGUGUUACAGAUGUUUUUCUAGAAAUACAACCCCUCUGUAACUCGGCUCCCUGUAUUCCUAAAAUUGAACUAUGACUGGACAUGAGAUGAAGUAAAUAUGAUCCUGGAUUGAUCUGUACAAUGAAACUGGCUCUCUGUUGUUACUGGUGGAACCUACUGAUUUAUUAAUUGCAGUGAGAAAAUGUAGGUUAAACAAGUUGGGUAAAACACAAAACUGGUACUUAAAUUGAAUGUGUUGUCUCCCAAAAAGCUCUCUAUCUUAAAACAAAGAAUUUUUCCUGCAUGAUUAACGUAUCUUGUCCUUGCUUUGAACCGUACAUCAGCAGUGAGUGAGAGUUCAUUUGGUGAGAACCUGUUAAUUAUGGGGAACAAUCAGGUAAUUUAAUUUGUUUGCCUAAUUGUUUUGGAAUUUGCAUUCUGUCUUUGAUGUAAUGGCACAGUGAGAGAUCCUUACAAGGUGUACACAGUUAGUAGAAUUCCUGCCUUGCUAUUCUCCUGGUAAUGAAACAUAAUCACUUUUUUUGCAAAUAAAACAUUGCCUUUAUUGAAGAUUUAGAACUCCUGUCUCAAACUGGAUGUUUCGGGAAGCUGAUAGCUGCCUAGGUCUAAAAUCAAAGUGAGAAUCUUCACAAGGGUCGUACAGUGGUGCAGCAAUAAAUGCCAAUGCCUUACAGCUCCAGGGACUCAGGAUUGCUAGGAUUGCUGUGGUGGGAGUUUGCAUGGACCAUGUGGGACAAACUGCAGCCUCCAGUGUUGCAAUACACAAGUCCAUUCACACCGGGUGCACUUGUGUACAGUCUGCUGAAAUGUAGCUGCUGAUAUUUAUAGAAGAACAAUGUUAAAUGUAUUGUGGGUGAGAAUCAGGCCUUCAUUGUGAAAGCAUUUGGAGCUUAUUACAGACUGUUCAUGGGUAACAAACAGGUUCCAUUUAAACAGAUGUCCUUAAGUCAAUUUUGUCCUAUAAAUAAGAGUGAUUUUGUGCAUUUUUUAAAUGUUAACCACACUUCCACAGUAUUGUAAUGAAUGGCAUCAAAAACAUUACUGAUAAGAAAGAACAAUAACUAAAAGUGGAGAGAGAAGAAGCUAGUUCUGCUGUUCAUAACCUACAUGGACUUUUAAUAAUAUUAUGGGAGCUCAAACGUAUGUAGAGUUAUCCAUAAAUCAGGUGUUUGUAACCCAGGACAGUCUGUAAUAGUGUCAUUGCUAUACAUUAAUAUAAUUUGCCCUUUUUCCAAAAAAGAGCUUUCCAAUUUCUGUUGCAUCAGAGUGAGAAGGUCCUUGGAUUUAAUCACCAGCAGAGACUAAUUUAGUUGAUCUCCAAUAGAGCAGCAAUAUUCCCAGUAAAACUUGUCUGCCCUCUUGCCCAGAUCAACAGAGAAGAAUGAGGGGGAGUUGGAAAUCAUCCAUGUUUGCAGCCCUGUUGUUGGAGAAUGAAUCAAGAUCGCUGCAUGUCCCAAAAGAUUUCUGGCAUUCACUGCCUAAGCUUGUGCUGAAUGGGUGCGGCAGUGGAUUUAGAGAGAGAAGUGAGCAGCUUUGUGUGGCAAGUGACAAUAUUUUUAGCCUGCCAGAUUCUCGGAACUGUGGAAACAGAUUCCUAAAACUCUGUUUGAUGUGAGGGACAUAUGCUGUGGAUAUUGCUGGACUCUAAGCGAGUGCAUGCAGUGAGGAAUAAUAAAAACAACAAAAUUGCUGGGGAUACUCAUCAGGUCAGGCAGUAUCUGCAGAAAGAGAAACAGUUAACAUUCUUAAGAAUCAUUUACUUCAAAAGUUAUCUUGCUCUCUAUCGAUGUUACCUGACCUGCUGAGUAUCCCCAGCUAUUUGUUUUUAUACAUAUUGGGACCUCACCAACAUCACCAGUAUUGCUUCCUUCCAACUUCUGAUACACACUUGCCUACUGCAGAAACUUGAGCCUUUGUCACUGACUGGAAUAUUUCCUUUGGCACAUCACUUGGAUGAUGCAGAACUCAAGCUGAGGAUUAAGGAAUUGGCAAUGUUUAACUUGUCUUUUGCAUACUGAUCAUUUUGUAACUGAAUUCUAGUAUUCUUUUAAAAUUUGUUAAAUCUUACCACCAAUGUAACAGAUUUAUAUCAAAUAAAUCCAGUAAAUCAAA